AUGGUCGUGGAAGUUCCUUUAAAAGAGAAGUUGGACGAAGUUGACGUUUUCCUUGCAACUCAAGAUGGACAAGUUCAACGUGGCAAAGAUCCGAAGUUUUGUCGGCAUGGCGCACGGCAGAAAUGUACGCAUUGCUUGCCCGUUGAUGUGAGUUCUUUUAAUAAUUAUUCCGUUCAUAAAAAUGUCUUUUCAGCCCUAUGAUGAGGAAUACUUGAAAGAGAAGGAGAUAAAACACAUGUCUUUUCACUCGUACAUCCGAAAACUGACAGCUGGUCAUGGAAAAGGAACACAUUUGAAGAAACCGUUGGAGAAUCUGCGGUUAGUUUGUAUUAGAUAUUUAUAAAUUUACUUGAAUUUUCAGAUGUUCUAUUGAUCUGGAAUGCACAGCGCAUAAGACAUUCCCAAAAGGUAUCUGCACGAAAUGCAAGCCUCCAGUGGUCACUUUGAAUCGGCAGGUUGGAUAUUUUUUCAAAGAUUGGAGAUAAUUUCAAAUAUUUCAGAAAUAUCGUCACGUUGACAACGUGCAAAUCGAAAAUCAAGAGCUGGUCAACUCAUUUUUGAACUACUGGAGAGUUUCUGGUCAUCAAAGACUCGGUUUUUUGAUCGGAAAGUAAGAAUAGAGAAAGGAAACAGUUGGUAAAGAAAAGAUUCAGGUAUCAGCCGUUUUCCGACGUUCCACUGGGGAUCAAAGCAACGGUUGCGGCGAUUUACGAGCCUCCACAGACUUCGAAAUCAGAUGGCGUCGCGUUGCUCAACGAUCCAAAUGAAACGGUUUAUCCUUUUUGUUUUAUGCGUAAAGUUAUAAAAUUGAAUUCCAGGAGGUUGAUAAGCUCCUCUCUUGGCUGGGUCUCCAACGCGUUGGAUGGAUAUUCACGGACCUUUGGACGGCCGACAGAUCCGAAGGAACCGUUCAUUGCACCAGGCACAAGGUUUUCAAUUAUCCAAAUCGUUUUACAUAUUAGAAAAAAAUUAUAAUUACCAUGAAAAAAACUAUUUUUAAAUAAACUGUAUUUAAAUAAAAUUAAAAAUUUUUUUAUUGAUUCCGAUUACCCUUAUUUUUUCCAGGACUCAUACUUCUUGAGCGCCGAGGAAUGCAUCACGGCCGGAAAUCUUCAGAAUAAAUUCAAAAACCUCACCGAAUACUGUACUGACCGUUAUUUCGGGUCAAAGUUCGUGACGAUUGUCGCCAGUGGCGAUGAAACUCUCCACGUUAACUUCCACGGUUACCAGGUAAAUUCAAUACAAAAUAACAGUGUUUUUUAUAACUUUUUUCUUUGAGAGCUGUGAAAAUUUUAAGAGUUUUCAAUGGGCUAGGCGCAGACUUUUUCUGCGCCAUUCGGGUUUAGGCUGAGUUGGAAAAAAAGGGGCGUUUCUUUAAUUUCAAUUAACUUUAGGAUUAAUUUUAUAGAAGAUUUUUUUUUUGGUUCAUAGCUCUCCCGUUGGAGGUUUUUUUUUACUUUACUCUUAGGAAUUACUUGAAAAUUGGCCCUUUAUAUACCAGAAACAUUCUGAAAGUCUCAACUAGCACAAGAAUUUAGCUUUUCGAAAAACCUUCGGAAAUUGCCUAUUUUUACGUAUUUUGAGAAGUCCUUUCUCAUAAAAAAAAAUUUUGCAAGCUGAAACCUUCCGGAUCUUGAUUUGGAACAUCAAAGAGUAUUCUGAUCGAUUCUCAGUGAAUUCACAACCCAAAAUGAGUUCACCUUCCUUGUCAGGAGACCUCAUUUCUUUAGAAAAAAAAGAUUUUUGAUGAAGUGGUUUUCAUUUUUAGGCGAUGUUUUCUUCAAGAGUAUUUUGAAAUUUCAUCACUUCUAGGUCUCGAACCAGUGCGCGGCGUUGGUCGACGCCAAAAUUCUCUGUCCGACUUUGUACACCCCCGAACUUGCUUAUAUUCGAGAGAAGCCACUUUCUGAAACUCACUACAUCACUGAUGUUCAAUAUACGGUGAGAUUUUAGAUCAAAAGAUUCUCUGAAUAUUUUUUUGCAGGAGAAAAACGAGUAUGGAGCCGAAGUGCAGCGAAACGGACGGCCACUUCCUGUCGAGUAUUUGCUGGUCAGUUUUUUUUUGAACUUACAAAGAGGUCAUAUUUCGCGGUUAUGAAUUCCUUAAAAAUUGACUAGAAAACUUUUUUAUGUUCCAAAAAGGUCUUUAAAUUCUCAGCCUACACAACUUCCUCGUUUUUGAAAAAAGAGGGCUAAAGCUUCAAAAUAGUCCAUUUUUAUUUUUAUUUUUUAGGGGAGUUUUUUUUUUUACUUUGAGGAUCUCCUUUUUACAAAACAGAAAGCUGUGUAGAUUAGAGUUCUCAAAACCGAACGUUCAAAAAAUGACCGUUUGAAAAAAAAAAUGAACUUUUUCAUUUUUCGAUAGUUUAGGAUAUAUCAUUUUCAAACGUUCAACCAAAAAGUUCGAAAAUCGUUUUCUUAUAAUAAUGAACGUUUGCUUUUCACAUAAAAAAACGGACGUUCGUUUUUUGAACGAACUUUUUUGAAAGGGAAAAUGAACGUUCAUUUUGGUUGAACGUUCAAAAGCAAACUUUAACCAAAAGUUUGGUUUCAACAUUUGUUCGAAAAUGUUUGGUUUUGAGAACUCUAGUGUAGAUGGAUCUUUUCGUGGUACCUCAAAAAGUAUUAUGGCCAAUUUUCAUAAAAUUCCAAAAAAAAAAAGUGAAAUAUUCUUCCUUGUGAACUCUUCAGUUUCAAUUUUCUCUUACAAAGCUAAUCUUCUGUUUCAAGGUCGAUGUCCCCACUGGAAUGCCCAAAGAGCCGCAUUAUACUUUCGUCGUGCCGAAAACGAUCGACUUCCACGUGGAGAAUCGCAAAGAAAUCGGACAGUUCCAGGUUUUUCGAAUGAUUUUUCAGCGCUUCAAAGAAAUUAUAAAAUUUUAGGGCGGAGGAAAUCUUGCGGAUUAUUGCGCCGCCUUCAGUAUGAAUCAGUUUCUGGAACAAGCCACGAAUUUCCACUUUUUGUUGUUCUUGAUGACAAAUGAGAUGCUGAGAAUCGGCGACGAUGCGAUGAAGGUUAGUUCAUGAAUUGAAAAAAAUCCGUCCUAAUUUAAAGUUUUCGCGUGACCUCUAAUUUGAACCUAAAGAAAUUUUCACUGUCUUUUCCCAGAAAUCGACCGAUUUUUUCAUAUAGCUAAGGAACUUUCCGACGAAGACACUUCUCCUUUUACUUUCUUUCUUUUUCAAUUUAUUUUCUUGUUUCUUCGUGUUUCCAUUUUGCUAUUAUUCACAGAACGCCAUUCAAAAAGUGGGUAUUAUGAAAGGAAACGCUGGGAAAGAAUUUGUCGGAAAAAUCCGAUUUGAAUAAAUCGGAUAAGUCGCCAUUGGAAAAUUUGCUGAUUUAAAUUAAUAGCACCACAAAAUCACGUAGUCUUAUCAGAAAAGUUCUUUUUUUUGGAAAAUUUCUCACUAUAAGUUCAACACGACUUUUGCAGAGAUUGUGCGACGCCGUGGUGAAGCAGGACCGUGGAGAAGCCAUGGACUGGGCCAAGGGUUGCGAGGAUUGGCAUCAGCUCGUCGCUUUGUCUCACGCUCAGUCCGAUCGUUAGUUUUUCAACUUUUCAUUGUUUUUACAGGAUCCGUAGUAGAUUUGUAAAUGAUGCAAAACUUAAAGCCGCUAAUUUAGAAAAUGUUCCUUGACAGAAGUCGAUUUCGUCGUAAAGACUUGCAUUAAAAUACUGAAAAACCAAAAAACUUAUCUUAUAACGAUUUAAAAAUGUUUUUUUGCGGUUUUCCGAAGGGUAUGGUGGCAUAAGAGAUGGGCCGAAACCCGUAUUUUUCGAUAUCACUUUUCAAAAAUAUAAUUUUGAAAUGAUUUGAAAAUUCAACCAACAGACUUCACGUGCUAACCGUCGAAAAUAUCAAGAGAAAAUAUCCUCUAUCGCAUUAAUAUCUCGCCUUUAAAAUUCAAAAGCUGUGUUUAUUUCUGUGAGCUGAUGUCAGUGGUUCUGCGCUUCAAAAAAAAAAUUACGGAUUUGGAUUCAAAUUUUUUUUUUUAAGUUCCCCUUCAUCCAUCUCUGUAGGGCAGCCGUCAUUUUGGCUUGAGAACUACCUCCUGUUUUCGCCAGAAAUCAGAAUUGAAUGUGUCUCAUCUUCUAAUCGUUCAGAGAUGCCGAUGAACGAGGAAAGCGGGAACACGUCGUGGUCCUGCGGCCAUUGCACCUUCGAGAACGAGGUCGGUCGUCCCGACUGCGCCAUGUGCGGACUCCCGUCCACCGCCUGA